AUGUCUCUGCAGAGCAAUGUGUGGGCUAUUGCAGGGAAAUGGGCUUCAACCAUCGCUGGAGCUCUCCACUCUGUGCUCACCGUCGUCGUCUUCCUGCUUCUAGACCUUCUCGAUACUGUUUUCUGCUUAAUUUACAGGUUCAUCGACGAGUAUCUCGAAGGGAAAAGAAAAAAGCCAUGCUAUUGUGAAAAGCGAGACGGGAAUGGCAGAACUACCGGCGAGAUUCAGCUCUCAGAGACGAUGUGGGGUAGAAGAAACGUGUUUAGGCUAAUGGGUGCUCGUCUUCCGUCCAAAAGACUCAAACUUCAGCCGGUGGAUUGCAAGAAGUCGAGUGACGACUGCGGCACCGCCGCCGGAAGAUGGUCGGAUUGUCGGUGCGAGUCGUGUGUUUCUUGGACGAAGAACGGUGAUGGCCGGAAAUUGCAUGUGGUGGUUAGAGAGCCGUCCUCUUCAGCGGCUGGCUCUGGAGAAUCGAUUGAGAAUGUGAUAUUUGUACAUGGGUUCCUCGCUUCAUCCUCCUACUGGACUGAAAGUUUCGGUGAAAGUCCCAAGCCGAUGGAUUGUCUCUACACACUGCAAGACCACUUGGAGACAAUUGAAGACUCAGUUGUGAAGCCAUUUCAAGUCAAGUCCUUCCACAUCGUCGCCCAUUCAAUGGGCUGCAUUAUAGCCUUGGCCCUCGCGGCUAAGUACUCUGGAUAUGUGAAUUCCAUAACCCUCGUAGCGCCGGAAGAAGAAGAGUCAAGUUUGAGAGCACUUGAGAAGAUUGUGAAGAAGAGACUGUGGCCACCGCUGAUGUUUGGGGCGGCAUUGAUGUCCUGGUACGAGCACUUGGGCCGCUGCGUCUGCUUCCUGGUUUGCAGACACCAUAGAGCGCGGGAGAAGUUGCUGAUGCUGCUCACUCGAAGCAGGAAUGUAUAUUUCAUGCUGAGAGACUUGACGAGGCACACCCAUCAUUCGGCGUGGCACACGAUGCACAAUGUGAUCUGUGGCGGGGCGAGAUGUAUGGAUGAGUUCUUGGAGAUGGUGUCGAGAUCCGGAGCGAAGGUGUUUGUGGUUCAUGGCGAUCAGGACCCUGUUGUUCCAUUGCAGUGCAGCGUAAACAUGAAGAGGAAGUUUUGGGACAAUGAUAAGCAACUGACGUUAGAUGUUGUGUGGAAUGCUGAUCAUACCUCUGUGAUUAUGGGGAGGGAGAAAGAGUUUACUCGAAGAUUAGAGCAUAUCUGGAAGGAGUCUUCUGGUUCCUGCCCUCCUUAUUCACUGCAACUGUAA